AUGCCCUCAGCAAACUCGCCGCUGUCUCCCCGUCUGGAGUCUCUCGCCAUUCCGUCGCAGGCCCGACGACGCCCGCCGCUGCACGCCCGCCAGACUUCCUCAGGCACAGCUGCCAAUCUCAGGCUGCCGUCGCUGCCGCGCUUCCAUCCUGCCAAUUUCGCAUCGUCCCAGAACUCCAGCACGGCGGCAACCCCGGUCACUGGACCAAACUCUCCGCAGCCGCCUGUUUCGCCGCGCACCCACCAGCGGCAGUACUCGGAAGUCCAGCGCCAGAUGUAUCUCUACCAGCAGCAGCUCAUGGCCAACGCGAGGAACCAAGCCCGAGGCGUAACUGCGAAGCCGACGAGCCCCCGCCUGAUCCCUCUCGAGAGCCCAGGACCCGUCACCCCAAUGGACCUCGAAGGCGCCGCCGACGGCUACCUCACCGCCGGAGUCAACACCAACGACGCCGCCUCCCACGUCGACAAGCUCAUCCGAGAGGAAGCUCUUCGCCGCGGUGAGAUCUCGCCAGGACGGACCACCUCUGUCGGCGGCAGAUGA